GCCCCGGAAGUUUUUUCCAGAGGCAGGGGCACGUUGAGCCGGCUUUGCGGUAGCUUUUCCUAGCGGGUCUUCUCCUCAUGUCUUCCAAGAAGAGCAGAAAACGGCUGAACCGAAGCGCAGAGAAUGGUUCAGCCUCGCCUACCUGUGCUUCCUCUCCUUCGGGGCCCUCGCUUCCUCCUGCGGGGCCGGGCACGGCUGCGGCGGCCGGGAUUCUGGUGGUGACCAACUUCUUAGAAAUGGAUGACAAAGUUCCUAAAACAUUCCAGAAUUUCCUUGUUCAACUUGGACUCAACACUAUGAAAUCUGCAAACAUAUGUAUAGGUCGACCAGUGUUGCUAACCAGUUUGGAUGGAAAGCAAGAGGUCUAUACGGCCUGGCCUGUGGCAGGAUUUCCUGGCGGCAAGGUUGGCCUGAGUGAAAUGGCACAGAAGAAUGUGGGUGUGAAGGUUGGUGAUGCUAUCCAAGUCCAGCCUCUGUUGGGUGCUGUGCUACAGGCUGAGGAAAUGGACCUGGCACUCAGUGACAAAAAUGUGGAUAUUAAUGAAGAACAACUGACUGGUUGUCUUCUAAGAAAGCUAGACGGCAAGAUUGUUUUACCGGGCAACUUUCUGUAUUGUACAUUCUAUGGACGACCAUGUAAAUUGCAAGUGCUGCAAGUGAAAGGGACAGAUGGCAUGAUAUUAAGAAGGCCUCAGAAUGACUCUGACACCAAUGCUCAGGGAAUGGCCUAUGAACAGUCCAGCAUGGAAACCAGUACCCUGGAUGUAUCUCUACAGCUAAGCCAAUUAGAUCUGGGAGAGCCUCAGGACCCACCAUCGAGCAGUACUCCUUGCAAACCAGUAGAUGACAGAAUGAUAAAUAAAGACAAUGACAUUUUGUUGGAUGUUACACAGAAUCAUGGGGAUAGCAGCGGACUUGGACUAGUGGAAGUCACAGAACUUAAAUGUAGUUUUGAGUCGGCCAGAGGAGGAAAUGAGCAACUUAUCAAUGAAGAGAGAUUGCUGAAGUCAGCUUGUGUGGGAGCAAAGUGCAACACUGAUAUUUUUUAUUUUAUUUCUUCAACAACAAGAAUUAAUUUUAUAAAGGUUCAUACAAAUUCAGAAGAGGAAGACAACCAAUUCAAAGUAACUUAUGACAUGAUAGGAGGCUUAAGUAGUCAGCUGAAAGCAAUUAGAGAGAUUAUUGAAUUGCCUCUCAAACAGCCCGAACUUUUCAAGAGUUAUGGAAUUCCCCCACCUAGAGGAGUGUUACUCUAUGGCCCUCCAGGCACUGGAAAGACAAUGAUUGCCAGGGCUGUUGCUAAUGAAGUCGGAGCCUAUGUUUCUGUAAUUAAUGGUCCUGAAAUUAUAAGCAAAUUCUAUGGGGAGACAGAAGCAAGGUUACGUCAAAUAUUUGCUGAAGCCACUCUACGACACCCAUCUAUUAUUUUUAUUGAUGAGCUGGAUGCACUUUGUCCUAAAAGAGAAGGGGCUCAGAAUGAAGUGGAAAAAAGAGUGGUAGCAUCACUCUUAACACUGAUGGAUGGCAUUGGUUCAGAAGGAAGUGAAGGCCAGGUGUUGGUCCUUGGGGCCACAAAUCGCCCUCACGCCUUAGAUGCUGCACUUCGAAGACCAGGACGAUUUGAUAAAGAGAUAGAGAUUGGAGUUCCUAAUGCUGCAGAUCGGCUAGAUAUUCUCCAGAAAUUGCUUCAAAGGGUACCCCAUUUACUCACUGAAGUUGAACUGCUACAGCUGGCAAAUAGUGCUCAUGGGUACGUUGGAGCAGACUUGAAAGCCUUAUGUAAUGAAGCAGGUCUUUAUGCUUUACGGAGAGUCCUGAAUAAACAGCCUAAUCUUUCUGAUAGCAAGAUGGCUGGGUUGGUGAAGAUUACUCUGAAUGAUUUCUUACAGGGGAUGAAUGACAUCAGGCCCAGUGCCAUGAGGGAAGUAGCAAUUGAUGUUCCAAAUGUAUCUUGGUCAGAUAUAGGAGGACUGGAAAAUAUCAAACUGAAAUUGAAACAGGCUGUGGAAUGGCCCUUGAAACAUCCAGAGUCUUUCAUUCGAAUGGGUAUUCAACCACCGAAAGGAGUUCUUCUGUAUGGACCACCUGGAUGCUCUAAGACAAUGAUUGCAAAGGCUUUGGCCAAUGAGAGUGGCCUGAAUUUCCUAGCUAUAAAGGGGCCUGAAUUAAUGAAUAAAUAUGUUGGUGAAUCUGAAAGAGCAGUUAGAGAGAUCUUCCGAAAAGCAAGAGCGGUGUCGCCUUCCAUUAUUUUCUUUGAUGAACUUGAUGCCUUAGCAAUUGAAAGGGGGAGUUCUUCAGGUGCUGGAAAUGUUGCUGACCGUGUUCUGGCUCAGCUCUUAACGGAAAUGGAUGGCAUUGAACAGUUAAAGGAUGUGACAAUUUUAGCAGCUACUAACCGCCCAGAUAGGAUAGACAAGGCUUUGAUGCGGCCUGGAAGAAUUGACAGAAUCAUCUAUGUGCCUUUACCAGAUGCAGCGACAAGAAGGGAAAUACUUAACCUGCAGUUUCACUCUAUGCCAAUCAGUAAUGACGUGAAUCUUGAUGAACUCAUCUUCCAAACAGAUACAUAUUCAGGAGCGGAGUAUGUUUGUUUUUAUUUGUUUGUUUUGCCUCAGAUUAUAGCUGUCUGUAGAGAGGCAGCCCUUCUGGCCCUAGAAGAAGACAUUCAAGCCAACUCCAUCACGAGAAGACAUUUCACUCGAGCCUUGAGCACUGUGACACCCAGAAUUUCUAAAUCACUCAGACGUUUCUAUGAAGAGUAUCAAGAAAAGAGCGGGCUACAUACACUCUGAGAAAGAAUACCUAUUCAAGAUGCUAAAAUGCUUUCUGAAGAAAACUUGUUUCUUUUUUUAAAAAUUCUGUCUUGAGAGUGUCCCAAAAAAAAAAUCCUUCAGAAGCAAAAGGUCUGAAAUAUGUUGACUGGAACUGAGAGGCUUCAGUGUUUAAAGACAUUUGAAAUCAUAUGGAUACAAUGAAAAUAUCCAUGAAAAUCUUUGAACAUGAGUUUAAAUCAGUUUUAUCUGGAAAUGUGUGCUGAGUUUUAAAAAGCAAACUUUAGCUUUUUCAUUUUUGACCUAGUUUAUUCAUCCCAUGAAAUGCUUUCCUUACUCCAGAAUGUUUCACUGCAUUCCUAAAUGCACAGCCUGUGAGCAUCAGUUUUAUACAUUUAUAAAAAAUGCAUGUGUAUUAUUAGUCCUCAUAGUGAGAAAUAUUUAUGGAUCUUUAUUUUUAAAGGCCAGCCAGAUUUAUAUGGCAUUGUUUCCAAAUAUGUAUUUAUUCUCAUUAUAAUUCACACCUACAUUUUUGCUUUGGCCUUCUUAAUCUAUACUUAUGGCAGUAAAAAAAAGAAUUAAGAGUUAUUUCACGUAAUGCUCUUUGCAAAUUUAAAAAAUUGGAAAUAUAAUCCCAGUCGAGGCCUAGAGCAGUAGACUUGCUUUAUUUUGUUUCAUAAAAUAUUAUAAAUAAAUUGUAUGUUCAUGUUUUCCUUUGCACAUGUUUUCAGGUUACCAGUAAACUCUCAGUUCAAAGAUAAACCAAAUUGUACUCUUAAUAUUGUCUUAUGCUGUAUUCAAAAUAUGUAUACUUGUGCUCUUAAUUAUUUAUCUUUAGGAUUUCUUGACACUUUAAUAUUCCAUAAAUAUCUUUGAAAAACUGUCAGAAAUUGAUUCCCUGACUUCCAGUUAAGAAGGUGGCAGUGGAAAGAAUGUGCACUGAGACAUGCUCACUGUAGAUCUUUGAAAAUUUCCAGAAAGACAAGUCAGGCGAGAAAUACCUGAUUAUCACAAUAAUGGGACUAUACAGUUUUGUGGUGGUAGAUAUUCUGAAGUCACGUCUCAGAUAUCCUUGGACUAUCAAAAAAAGAUUUGCAAGGCAUUUUUUUCCCAGACUACAUUGGUUUAUUAGUAUAUACAUAAAACCACUCAGGGGACAGAGAGUAUUACCACUACUUAGAGCUCUGCUGUCAAAUAUAAUAGACACUAGUCACAUGUGGCUAUUUAAGUUUAAAUUUUAAUGAGUUAAAAUUAAAUAAUAUUAAACAUUUAGUUCACCAGACAUGUUAGCCACAUUUCAAGUGAUCAGUAGCCACAUGUGACAAGUGUCUGGCCAUGUGGACAGAAUAGGUUGUGGAACGUUUUCUGCUGAUUUAGAAUAUAAGGCUUACAUAACGAAAUAAAUAGGACCUCAAAAUUACUUAUAUGCUUCCCAUUUUCCCUUUAGUUAUUAGAGGACCAUACCUUCUUCCCUCUAAGUGCUAAGGGCACAGAAAAUAAGAGAAAAACCUUAUCCCCAAACGCGUGGACAGAAAAACAUUUAAAUUCUCACUGCCAAUAAAAUAACAACCAGAACAGUAAGCUUGAACUGACACAGGCUUUCAGGCUGGAGGCUGGGUGGUGGGGAGGAAGGGGGCAAACUCAAUCAGGAGGAGUUCGGAUGUUAAUGACCACUCAGACCCUUCAACCCACAUGACAUAGAAGUUCUAACUGAGCCUCAUAUGUCAUGCCCAGAUCAUUUAAAAGAUCAGCACCUUCGGUGUAAGGCCAAAUUAAAAGAAUUCCUCCUGCUGACCGGAGAGAUCAUAAGGAGCCUUUCUUGACUUGGUCUGUGCUGUGGUUUGAAAAGAAAAGAACAAAAAAAAAAAAAAAAAAAUGUUUUAAAAAAAGAAAAGAGCCAGCUCCUCUGAGAAUUCUAUGAACUUACCUUACCUCUGGGUUUGAAUUCACACGACCUUUCUGAUACAGAAGCUUGAAACCUGAAAAUUAACAUGAAAAUAUGGAUCCACACUAGAAAUAUCCUUGGGAUGACUAGCAGUUCCAAUAGUUGGAGAAAUAUAGCCUCACCCAGGCCACAGACGAUUCCAACGAUUCCAACAGCUAAAACCCUGCUCACAGAGUUCAUAAUCCCAAAGGAUGUGGAGCAGUGGAGCUUCACACUCUGGUGCUAGAGCAUAAAUUGCAGCUACUUCAGAAAGCAACUAGCAUAUCUAGUUAUGUUGAAGACCCUAUAAUCUCAGAGUUCUCAGUGUGUAUCUCAGAGCAAGUUGUUUUCAAUGAGGUAAUGUUUAAGAAAAUCAUAGCACCAUUAUUUGUAAAUAGUAAGAAACUGGAAACAACCUACCCAUCAGAGAAUGGAUUUCUAUAGGAUACUCAUACACAUACAAUGCAAUACUUAUGGCAACAAAAAAGUAAUUAGAGCUACAGGGAAAACAUGAAUUUCAAAAACGAACAUUUCAGAAGAAUACUUAUGCCAUUUAGAGUUUAGGGCAUGCAAGAUAAUUAUGUUGUUUAUGGGAACACGUGUAGUAGAAGACUACAUGAAGGGAAAUGAAAAGCAUCAAAUACUGGGGAGAAUUUUCUCAGGGGAGAAAAGUUGAAAUGUCAUAUCUUAAACGGGGUGGGUGAUGCAAAUGCAGGUGUUGAUUGUAAUACAGUCUACAUGUUUUUAUGCCUAAGUAUUUCAUAAUAACGUUUAGAAGAUCAGCCUUAAACUGACAAGUUAUGUGCAAAGGGCAAAAUGCAUCUCUAGCCCUAUUCCACAUUCUAACCAGCAUCAUUCCAUCCAAUUCCUGGACCUCCGAUGCAAUGCGCAAUACCUACCACUGCCUGUGUGUCUGAAAAUCAGAAGUACCACUAGUAUGGGAAAAAAAAAAUGCAAGAAGGCAAAAUUAAUUAAUUGAUUGAUAUCAGGCUUUCGGGACCCAGGAAACGAGAGAAAUUUGUUGGUGAGAGUUAGUGGUUAGGUGAUACAGGUCUUUUGGCGGGGGUGGGAGAAAUUAAAUCUGGAGUCAGACAUCUGUUUCCAUGGCACUGGGAUGGUGCAAGGGGCAGGAAGCUAAGAAUUUAAAAAGAUUUUAGAGCAUUACAUCUUUAAUCUAUUACAAACCAAUUAUUUUUUUAUAUCUUUAGAUAGCUAAUUAUUACCAUCAAAAAGGCAAAUGAUCUUUUUUUAUUUGUAAUUUGUGCCCUUUUUAUAACAAUAUCAGUUAAAUCUGAGUCAUGGAAAGGAACAGGUCAGGUGUCACUAAUAACAAUGUACCUGCAUGAGGACUUCAUCUGCAUGAGGACUUUACUUCUGAUUCCUGAGUCCCAUGUGUAUGGAUUUAAAAUACUGUGUGAUCCUAUUAUUUGGGUUUGUUUGUGAUUGAAUUACACAGUAUAGUUCAUGGAAAAUUUAAGUUCAGCAAGAAGAGAAAAUGUCCAGCUUCCCGUCUUAAGAAAACAAUUUGCUUUAUUGGCAUCUGGUCAAAUGUUUGUCGUUGAUCCAGAUUCUCUUCAGGGUUUCAGGAUACUCACAUUGACGCUUUUUUUUUUUUUUUUUUUCCCAGUGCUCCAAGAGGUUUUAGUUUGAAUAGUGAAAUUAGUGUUUCUGUCUAACAAAAAAAUUUAGAAGAAUGGCUUCCAACUUUUUACUCCUUUAUGACCAAGAAAGUGUAUUUAUAAGGUUAACUCUGACUUCUGCCCUCCCUUGCUUGAAAAAUGUUUAGUUCUAUGUUAUUUCUAAUGUAUAAGACAGGUUUUUAAAAUAAUGUAUGGGUUUUCCACUUUGGAAAAAUAAGUACUGAAUUUAUAGAAAAACCAAACUUGAGUGUAUGUUUAAUUUAUCUUAAUCAAGAGACGGCUACAGAAAAGUUGCUAUAAAGAGAGAAUCAAGUUA